GCGCGGGGGCGGAGGGCAGCGCGGGGCCGGCCGGCGGCGCGGCGCGGCUCCCGCGCUGGGCCAGACUCAGCCCCUUUCUCCCGCCGCCGCUGGCUGCGAGCGCGCUGCGGCUGGAGCUGCCCCCAGAGCGGGUCGUGAUGGCGGCGGCGGCGGCGCGGGCUCGGCAGCGGGAGGCGCCCGCCCAGCCCUGCGCGCCGCGCCGCUAGCGGCAGCGCCCGUGCCCGCGGCGGCCGCCCCGGCCCAUGCCCCCGGGGGGAAGGGGGGCUGCAGCAGCCCGGCGAGCCGCCCACCCGCGCAGCGGGGGCAUCGCCCCCACUCGCCGCUCCUGGGAGGGCGGAAAGGAGGCAGCGGCGGCGGCGGCGGCGCCGGCAUUGUGCGCGGCGGAUCGCAGGCCCCGGCGGCGCGGGGCUCGCCUGCCUCCCGCCCCAGCCUCAUGAACCAGCCGGACGGCUCCGCUCCGGCGGCGGCGGCGACGGGAGCGCAGGCCGACGAGAGCAACAGCAGCGGGCGGAGGAGCUCUUCCAGCAGGGAGUGUUUGAAGAGGAGCCCGCGGAGCCCGAAAGCAGAGGGCUCCGAUUCGGUGACGUCUCAGUCCUCACCCAGUGAAGAGGCUGGAAUGAUGACUGAGGUGAAGGUGAAAACAGAGGUACCAGAUGACUAUAUCGAAGAGGUGAUCUGGCAGGAUGACACCAAAGAUUCCAAGAAGAACAUAAAGGAUGGGCCAGGAGAUGUGCCCGCGGAGAUCUGCGUGGUCAUAGGCGGGGUCCGCAACCAGCAGACGCUCGAUGGAAAAGCAGUGGAAUGUGGCUCUCCCGUUGGAUAUACACGAAAUCGAUAUUCAGGGACCUGGAUUUUUGACCAUGCAUUGAGAUACACGUCCGGGUCUUACGAGUGUGGAAUAUGUGGGAAGAAAUACAAGUACUACAACUGUUUCCAGACCCACGUGCGAGCACAUAGAGACACUGAAGCUGCCUCAGGUGAAGGAGCCUCACAAGGCAACAAUUUUAGGUACACAUGUGACAUAUGUGGAAAAAAAUAUAAAUAUUAUAGCUGCUUCCAAGAGCACAGAGACCUGCAUGCCGUGGAUGUUUUUAGUGUGGAAGGGGCCCCAGAAAACCGGGCAGACCCCUAUGACCAGGCCGUUAUAGCUGCAGAUGAAGUGAAGGAGGAGGAGCCAGAGCCAUUCCAGAAGAUUGGUCCAAAAACUGGCAAUUACACCUGUGAAUUCUGUGGCAAGCAGUACAAAUACUACACUCCCUACCAAGAACAUGUGGCGCUGCAUGCACCUAUUAAGUUCUCUCGAUCUCCACUCUUCGUGGCAGUGAAGACACAGGCGAGCCAAUCCAGCAAAAAAACACCGGCUUCAAUAAACCGAUGUUCUACCCUCCUGCACCGCACCCCCUCCGGUGUCCCACCGGCAUCCCAAUCCCAGAUGUUCCGCGCUCCAAAUUCUGGAUCCCCAGGAAGCAAGGCCAUCACAGCAGAAAGUGCUUUCAGCAGGAGAGUGGAAGGCAAAACACAAAACAACUUUGAAGAAACAAACAGCAAUUCGCAGAACUCCAGCGCUGUUCAUUCGGGGACAGAAAAACCUAAAGAAAAGAGGUGUAAGCAGAACCCAUCAGAAACCGCAAGUCCCCUGAUUUCAAAUCCUUUCCCGCUUUUACAAAAGCCUUACACCUGUGGAGCUUGUGGAAUCCAGUUCCAGUUUUAUAACAAUCUCCUGGAGCACAUGCAGUCCCAUGCAGCUGACAACGAGAACAAUAUUGCCUCUAGCCAGCCCAGAUCACCUCUAGCUGUUGUUGAAGAAAAGUGGAAACCACAGCUCCAAAGAAAUAACGCCAACAAUACAUCCGCGAGCGGUUCGGUAGGGAACAGCGUGAUCCCAGAGAAGGAGCGGCAGAACAUUGCCGAGAGGCUCCUGAGGGUGAUGUGCACUGACCUUGGGGCUCUGAGUGUGGUGAGCGGGAAGGAAUUCAUCAAGCUAGCACAGACCCUGGUGGAUAGUGGAGCUCGCUAUGGUGCCUUCUCUGUCACCGAAAUCCUUGGCAAUUUCAACACACUGGCUCUGAAGCAUUUGCCUCGGAUGUACAACCAAGUGAAGGUGAAAGUCACCUGUGCCCUGGGCAGCAAUGCAUGCCUCGGCAUCGGUGUCACUUGCCACUCGCAGAGCAUCGGCCCUGAUUCUUGCUACAUCCUGACAGCUUAUCAGGUGGAAGGUAACCACAUCAAGAGUUAUGUCCUAGGAAUUAAGGGCGUAGACAUUCGAGAUAAUGGUGAUUUUAUCCACCACUGGGUACAGAACGUGCUCUCAGAGUUUGUGAUGUCGGAGAUCAGGACUGUGUACGUCACAGACUGCAAAGUCAAUUCCUCUGCGUUCUCCAAGGCGGGCAUGUGCUUGCGUUGUUCGGCCUGUGCCUUGAACUCAGUAGUGCAGAGUGUGCUGAACAAGCGAACACUACAGGCUCGCAAUAUGCACGAAGUGAUCGAGCUCCUGAAUGUCUGUGAAGAUCUGGCAGGAUCCACAGGCCUCUCGAAGGAGACCUUUGGCUCCCUGGAAGAGACCUCUCCCCCUCCCUGCUGGAACUCGGUCACCGACUCCCUCCUGCUCGUCCACGAGCGCUACGAGCAGAUCUGCGAGUUCUACAGCAGGGCCAAGAAGAUGAACCUCAUCCAAAACCUGAACAAACACCUGCUCAGCAACCUGGCAGCCAUUUUGGCUCCGGUGAAACAGGCGGUGAUUGAGUUGAGCAACGAGAGCCGGCCUACCUUGCAGCUGGUACUGCCCACCUACGUCAAACUGGAGAAACUGUUUACUUCCAAAGCUAACGAUGCUGGCGUAGUCAGCAAACUCUGCCACCUCUUCCUGGAGGCGCUGAAGGAGAACUUCAAAGUUCAUUCGGCACACAAGGUAGCCAUGAUCUUAGACCCUCAGCAGAAGCUGCGGCCCGUCCCACCAUACCAGCACGAAGAGAUCAUUGGCAAGGUCUGUGAGUUGAUCAAUGAGGUGAAAGAGUCCUGGGCAGAAGAAACAGAAUUUGAACCUUCAACCAAGAAGCCUCGGGCAGCAGGGGAAGCCACAGCAGCUCAGGAAGAAGAUUGGUUUGGGAAAAAUGAAGUCUAUGAUUAUUUGCAAGAACCUCUCUUCCAGGCCACCCCUGACCUGUUUCAGUACUGGUCGUGUGUUACUCAAAAGCAUACAAAACUAGCCAAGCUAGCCUUUUGGCUCUUAGCAGUGCCUGCUGUUGGUGCCAGAAGCGAAUGUGUAAAUAUGUGUGAGCAGGCUCUCUUAAUCAAAAGGAGACGGCUACUCAGUCCAGAAGACAUGAACAAACUCAUGUUUUUGAAGUCCAACAUGCUUUAAGACUGUCUUUUAAUUAAAACAAAACUUUAAAACACUGUUCCAAACAAAGAAAAAGAAUUUUAAGUUCUAAACACUGUGGACCUCAUUAUGAAUGCCCCUGGAAACCAAGUGCUUUUUUAUAUAUAUAUAAAAAUAUAAAUAUAUAUAAAAUUAAGUUUGAAAGGAAAGCUGAGCAUGUGAGAGAGACAGCCCUCUGCCAGGAACGUGCUCCUUUCCAUAGAUAGUGUGUGGACUUGACAGACUUUCUAAUGUUUUCAAGUGGGCAGACCAAUGGGAGGCUGAUGUUCUAAAGUCUUCAGGCAGCUGAGAUCUAAAGUGACUUGAAGUUUCUUUUGUUUCUCCUCCACCCCACCUUUCCUCUUGUCCCCUGGGCCAUCUUGCCAUGGAUAAUCAGACUACAUUGAACAGACCAGUUCUGCACUGGACUUUGCUCCUUUGAAUAACUGUACACCUUGAGAGCAUUUGUCUGCAGCCUUCUUGACAUAUGGUCCAUGUUACCAGGGCAGCUGUGUUUUAUGAACACCAGUACCUUUAGAAAACGGGAAGGGAGACUGUAAGGGGUUUUUAUUUUAUUUUCUUUUUAAGAUGUUCGUACACAUUUUUUCAAAAAACCACAAAAGUUACUCUUCUGUCUCCACUCCCAGUUUUGAGUUUAACAUGUUAGCUAGUGAUUAUAAGUUUGAUUUAAAACUAAGAGAAAUGGUUCAUGGCAGAAAAUGUCUGUAAUUGUUAGGUUUCUUGGCUUUAUUUUUUACAGCAUAACUUCUUUUCUGAAUUCCCAGUGCUAAUUAGCUUCUCUGUUAAUUUUGUGCAUCAGGGGUUCUAAAACUUGUGCUAGAGUUAGCUCAUUUGCGAUUAAAAUAUCCGUAUGGGAACCACAGCAGUUGCUUAUAUGGAAAAGCUAGAAACCAGGAAAAGCAAGCAAGCGGUGACAGCACAGAUAUCUGUGGGCCACCAGCAAGCUUGCCAGGGUCUGCCAGCUGCCAUUGAGAACCCUUGUACCUAAACUUUUUGUAAAAAAGUUUCUCAGUGCACACGCUCAAAAUAACCUUCCCAAGGCCAAGGACAAGCCAAGGUGUAUGAUUUUUCAGGGGAACAAAGAUCAUCAGUUUUGUCAAACUGGGGUUUGAAGGAAGCAUAGAGAAGUGCAUGGGCUCAAAGAUCCUUCUGAAUGUAAGUGCUCCUGAUUGAGUGCAAAGAAUAUAUUCCUGUUUUAUUUGGAAUGGUUUCCUCUAGUAGCACGAAUGUCUUUUCAAUACCUACAGUGCAUUACACUACUUGUUAUGUUGCUGAAUCGUUCUGGCUAGGAAGGCCACGGGCCUUUAAACGUUCACACUUACUGUCUCACCCCAAAUGCAAUUAGAGGUGGUCAUGACACGAAAACAUCUCAGUCACUCUGCUGUCCGCCAAGGCCAGUGCUCUGCUGUGUCCAGCGCCCGUAGGCGCAGUUCUUGGGCUGCUGGACAGGAUCUCUGCAGGCUGUCGGGUUUGGUGCCUCUUGGACAAUUCCCAACCUCUGGUGCCAAACUCUUUAAUUUUUCAUCACUGGGACUUGUGUCCUGGAGGCAAAUUGAAGCAAAUUCUUAUUUUUAAAGUAGUCUCUCCUGCUUCCAGCAGGGUGCUCUGCAGCUGCGGUCACAGUGGCAGCAGAACAGCAUCGGAGGUUUGGGAGGAUGGACUCACCCAGCUCCGAGCAGGCAGGCUGGAGGCUGAAGCCCUUCAACAGCCAGCGGUGGUUUCUGGUUGCUGACAAUGUACUGGCAAGACUGGGGGUCCUCUUUGAAGUACCGCUGUUGAACAGAUGUUAAACGAAGAUGCCACCUGCCCAUCUCUGGUUGUAAUAGAAGUUGUAAGUCCCAAGGCAUGAGAAAUGGCAAACCCAGUCUCUCAGGCUUUGUUUGCAGAUGUCUUGAACUUGACAGGCACUAACUGACAGCUUCGCUGCCAUGGGGCUCAGACAGGGGAACAGUUUGCAUGCUGGAGACCUUCCCUAGGUCAAGGUCACUAAGAAUAGCUCUUUGCACCCAGCUGUCUUGCCUUUUUCAGCCUGGAAACAGGGCCUACUAUUAGCUUGAGUCCAGCGUUUGGGUUGAGCUCUCAGCACUGUUAUUGGCAUCGGGGCAAAACUAGUCUCUUAAUUGUAGGAUUUGCGUAUGGAUAUCUUAAAAGACACAGUCUGUAAGCCCGCUGACAACUGCAGGGGUAGCAGCACUUGAAGAUGAGCUGCCAAGGCCAAGGCACUUGGAUGUCUUAUUUCUCUGACGGUGGCUUUUGCAAAUGGAGGGGUGGUUGUAGGGCCAACUUUUCUUCUUGCUGGUUUUAUUUUCUCCCAUACAAAUCCUGCCUGCCUAGCCACCAGCUGGGCCCACGGUAACACAUCUGUUUGCACUUGGAGUGCAGGAGAAACCCGUAACAAACAAUAACUAAAUCUCAAACUACAAACAAAAAUCCCAAGUGAGAUGUGUGCCGAUUACAAAGCAUUGCGCUGUGUUGCUGUUACCGCUGAAAAGCACAAGGUGUCCUGCAGCAAGAAAGCUUGGCUGGAGGAUGAAUCCAAAGGAGGAUUAGCUUUUGAGGCUGCAGAGUGCGUACCUUGCGGCUCAUUUGAUGGGCAGAACUGGGGACAGGUUUUGUAGUUCUUUCUCCUAAAUAGCACAUUACACCUUUUUGCUUGGUUUGCCUGAGACCCUGAGAGCCGCUCACAGGCUCUUUGAUGCUCAGGUGAAUGUGCAAAACCCUUGCAUUCCUUUGACAAGAAAGCUCCAAGCCCUAACACGCCUUUGCUAAGGGACAGGCUGAUAACUUCUGUGGGAUUUGCCAACUCAGGCUCAUUGUUUGUCUGUCUGCAAGGCAUUAAGGGUGGGGAAGUGGACAAAGCAGAGUUAGCACAGGUUCAAAGCUCUGGAAAUGAGGUAAAAUUGCAGUCUUUUGUGCAACCAUGGCAAGCAGUGAGCUGGACCACGGCUACACAGCAAGGUCAUGCAAACAGAAAGGCCACAGCCACCCUUAACUCCCAGCCCAUCCCCCCUUCCCCUUUUUACAGUGUGGUUUUGGCAUCAAAUCUGGAGCUUUCUUGCUGUGACGACCAAAGAGAGGGAUUGACUAGCCCUCUCCCCCGUCCGAGUAACUCACCUCCAAGGCAACUUUGGUUAUAGUUGCACUAAUGAUGGAUGUUAAGCAAACACGCAGCGUUGUCUGGUAGAUGAGAUUCUCCCAAAGACUUAAAAACUCAGCUUAGCAGCUGAAAAGGCAAAAAAAAAUGUGCAGCCCUAAAAUGGAGCAAUCUGGAAAGUCAGUGAGAAGAGGAGCUGGUUGGCCAGCCCCCUACUCCAGCGAGUCAGUGGAAGAAGCUGCAGCUUUUCAUCAGUCUUAAAUAUGGUUACAGGGUGUUCUGCUCAGAGGAGCUACUCAUGCUGUGUUUUCUUACAGGCUGACUGUGUCUGAUGUACUUACACUUCAUUAAAAGGAGAGGAGCACAUCUGGAACACAUGUAUUUACCCUAAGUGCUCCUAUUUGUCCUUCCCUCUUCAAGAUCUGGAUUUGCAUUCUAGGGAGCUUAGAUACUUUACCAAGGUCUGAAUUCUGGAAGCUCUUAAUUUGCCAAGUUACUAGGAUUGGCUCAGUGGUGUGGAGCAGCACUUGUGCCGUAAGGAGUGCCGCCCAUCCUGCUGUGGGAGACCGGAGAGAAGAGGGUCUCUUAGUUUGACCAGAGCUGUCCUGAGGUUCUGCUCCCUUUGCGCUGGGAGGAGAAGUCCUCAGAAUUGGGAUCAUCCUCUGGUAGGUCAUGUUGAGAAUUUGCCUUCUGCUUGUUUCCAUCCUUUACUCAUGCUUGAGACGUGUUGGGAUACAAAAAUGGUGUAUGUGUCCUCCAGGCAUUCGUUUGGUUCUGCUGCUCACUCUGUGUCUGACCUUGCAGACUUCUGACUUCACAGUUUGCUUUGGGAGGGGUUAUGAUCUUCAGGUGGGGAGAAACCAACAGAAGAGGAACUGUAAAGAAUGAAGGGCCUUCCAGUCCUGUCUGAAGAUCCUUGUUACUAGAAAACUGAGACAGUGGGAUACAGAGGCAGAGCUCUUCAAAACAGAAGGUCAUUUCUGUCACGCGUGAGUACAGCAGCCAGAGCAUCCGUGGAGAGCAUGGAGCCCAGAUUUCUCUCCUGUGUCUGUCUCUUCUCCCCAAGUCUCUAGCACUAGACAGUAGUUGUGUACUGGCUUGCAGGAUGGGCUCGCUGUCACGUGCCUGGCUCCGUUUCAGAUGGAAGUAAGCUUUUCUUUUUGUCCAAACUAUAUGUCUGUUCUAAGAAAACUGAUUUGGUUGUAUUUGAACUAGUGCAAUCUGGAAAACUUUCUGUGAAAGCCAGCUGCGGGCUCAGGUUUUGUCUAGUUCAGUUGUCUGUUAAUUCCUGGUUAAACCAGUUUAACUUUGAGAUAAAUUGGUUUAGGCAUCCACAUGAACCACCUGCACUGGUUUAACUGCGCUUGCUGGGUGUUCUCCCCUGCUAAUCAGAGAAUACGUCCAGAAGCAGCUCAGGGAGUCAUGACCCUUACGUGAAUUUUGCAAAAGGAAGUUGUGGCAGAUACUCUCCAAGCUUGGGAAUGACUGAAAAUAGAGGGGGGACACUCUGAAAGUGGCUUGGGCUCGAAAUUGUGGUAUCUGCAUUAAUACAGUAUUCAGUGAGAUGUCUCAGGUUGGUUGGUUUGUUUUUCUCCAACUGCUUGCAAUAACAUGGAAGGUUUAGCGUGAGAAGAAGUUAACACAUAUGUUCAUAUUGGAGGAUGAGUCCACUCAGCCUUACCCAGUCUGAGGGAUGACUUCCACCUUCUGGAUCCCACAGUAGACAAGCCAGGGUGUAGUGUUGCACAGGAGGAGGGUGGCUGAGACAUUGUGCUACUCGGAGAAUGUUGUGCGCGUUUCUGGACAGCACCAAGUUACUGAUAAAUCAAGACUGUAAAAGAGCAGCCAAAAAGUUGUUCAAAGGCUGGGAGUGCUGCUUUGUGCUGAGGGAAGCCUCAGAUCUCUAACUGCAUCUCUCUGGCUAAAGGAGGUGGAGAGGAGCUCCUGUGAGCAUUCAGGAGGGGACAGGUUGUUUCCUAUGGAAUAGUUAGGAGUAAUGGAAUGAAAAUGAACAAAAAGACACUAAAGGCAGAUUCUGGGAAACCUUUUCAGGGAGGAGAAGUCCGUUCAUCUGGGAGGAGUCUGUUACAGGAAUGUUUUUUGAGCCCUAUCAUUUAAAACGAGGCUGUACAAUUACAUGGAGCACACACACUCCGUAAGGCACAAGGCUGCUUUGGACUUUGCCAAGAGAAAAGAGACUGGAUGUAGAGGUGGGAAAUGGUCGCCUGACUGUUGAGCCCAGUCCUGCCCAACAGGUCCAGGAGGGCUCACAGAGCAUCUUCAUCUUCCCACUCACCACCGGCACCAAACCCUUCCCAGCCCUCCAAUAUAUACAUUAACCAGGUUUCCUAAAGGAGGGAGGUAGCUGACCAGCAGAAGGGGCAGAGGAGAAAACACCAGCUGAGGAGCAAAUGUCAACCCUUAUACUUCCAGGGUGAAAGAAUCGGGGUGGGGGAGAGUAUUAAAUGUUUUGCUGCUUCUGCUGUGCAUUUUCUGUGCUACCCCGUGAUCUCGAAUCCAUAGGAUCCAUCGGGAAUGCCCAGAAAUAUUGGCUGAGACUCAAGGUCCUGUGUCAGAUACUUCGGAAGAUUUUGCCCUGUAGCAAUAAGAGCUCCCUUUUUACAGUGCAUGGGACCUGUCCUCAUGCCAGGGCUUAUCAUCUUCCUGGGCCUCUGGAAAUGUCACCGAACAAAACCCAAUAGUGAAAAUAUGGAGAGGGAAAGCCAAGCACAGCUCUGAGUUGUUGAAUGCCUCGUUGCAACUGUGGGACAGUUUGCUUAUGCUAGGCCAGAAAUGGUAAACCAAUGAGAGUGUAUUGCCCUGAAAUUUCAUUUUAUAUAUUGAAUGUUUGGGGGGGUUCUGUUUAAUUUUGGUUUUUGUUUGGCUGGUUAGGUGGGUUUUUUACUACUCCUGUUAGAGUCCUUUGUUUUAUAACUUGACGGAAGAGUUUUGCUCACAUUAGACAACGGCGUAUCCAGUAGACCCUGUAGGGUUUAAUGAACUGUAGGCAGCCGAGUUUGAAUUUUUUGGAAUAGCUUCUGAAAUGAGUCACAUAAAUGGCUCGUUGAUGCACAACAUCAACCACUGACUGAAAGGAUUUUCUUCCUUCCCGUCGUUCUAGCGUCACUGACAGUGGCCAGCACGUCUCGGUACCCUGGUGAGCAGCGCAGCCUUAACGAUAGGAAUAUUUUACAGUGGAGUUGAUGAGUACAGGCAUGUCAAACCCUUGCUUUUUACAACCAAAGUUCCUUAAAAAGACACUUCCAGCCUCAUCAGCCUUGAACGCUUGUUUUCAGUCUUCUGGGGGUUCUUGUGGCGAGCUCUGCAAUGGGUGUGGGUAGGACGGUAUUUUUUUUUUCCAGUGGGCUGGGGGGUGGGAGGAGGGAUUUUUUUUUUUUUCUUGCUAUCUAUGGAGAAGGACCUUUCUGCUCAAGGAAGGAGGCAUGUAUUCUCGAAGGAGCAACAGUCUUAAGAGCUGUUUUCCAUGGUCCCUUUAAACUUAUUGAGACUUUAAUUUUAUUUUUUUUUAAUUAUUUAAACGGAAAACUGAUAACGGAUGAACUGAAACAUUCGUGACAGGUGACUAGCCAAGGCUGUAAGUACAGGAGGAACACACAUCGUCCAGACCUUGAGGAUUCUGGUCCACGCCGUAGCUAGAAAGUGUCAUGCCGACAAACCAAACCAUCAGGAAAUCCUUGUUUGCAGCCAGUCUGAAAAGAGAAGCUGUUCCUCGUUCGUAUGUUCAUUUUUGAAACCUCCUGCUGGGAGCUGAAUUCUUGUUGUGUCAUCAAGCAAACAAUUAACGUUCUCCUUUCCCUCCUCACCCUCCCUCCUCUCAGUAACUUGUGUGCAUUUCCUUCCUUUCUGUAGAUGCAGAUGUUCUAGGCAAUACCACAGAUGCACCUGCGUGUGUCUCUACCUGCGAGUGCAAGAAUCUCAUGUCAUCUUAAAAAAUACAAAAAAAUAUACAAAAAAUAUACAAAAAAUAUCUUUUUUAGGCCAGAGUUUUCUACAGGUAUUAAUGAAUAUUUUUCUUAAUCCUUAUAAGUUUUAUGUGUUUAAUAUUUCUUAAUACCGGUAGCAUUAAUUUAUACUUUUGUAGCAACACAAUAUUUUUAUAAACCGCCACCGCUGGCUUUGUCUUCAUAACGGGGAAAUGUGUGGGCAGCUGGCCCCGCACUGUACCAUGUACUGUAUUUAAAAGGUUAUCUAAUGUCACACUUGCUGUGUUAAUAAACAAAACAAAACCUGUUUCAAGUCUCAUGUAUUGUUGGUGUGGAUCGAAUGACUCAAUAGAGAGCAAUAUUGCACGGGGUUGAGUUGCUGAUUUUCAUUGUGAUAUAUGAACACUUGAGGCCAACUCAAGUUCUUCUGAUUUUUUCUUUUUAGGAUUUUGGUUUGGUUUGGUUUGGUUUUUUUACAGCUAAAUAAAUUCAGUGCUGUUUGAAACUUAGACUGACGUCAAAUGAAAAGGAUUAUUAAAGAAAAAAAAAAUCAAGGUGUUUAAAUGUUGCUGUUUUUACAAGUCUGUUGCUGUCUGAAUGGAAAUAUUCCACGAGAGAGGAGGAAUAGUUCCACUUAGCUUCCAAACGAGCUGAGCACUCCAGGCCAGAGCUCAGUUAUUUGGAGAGAUCUUAGAGACAUGUUUCUGCAACAUUCUUUUCAGAGUUGAUGCCAAGGCAGAAGACAAACUGUAACUGUAAGAAAGCAUCCGUUGCUUGAGGAUUUUCAUGUCAGUGUUGUAUUUAUGGUUUUACAAUAAAACAACCUUUAGGAAAAAAAAA